AUGGACCUGAAGGUGGACGAGGAGGAGGUGGAAAACGGGCAGCCGGUCAGCAUCGAGGCGUUUGCCAGCAGUUCCACGCUGCACGGCCUGUCCCACAUCUUCUCCUACGAGCGCCUCUCAGUCAAGCGCAUCUUCUGGACCUUGUGUUUCCUGGGCUCCUUGGCCGUGCUGGUCUUCGUCUGCAAUGAGAGGAUCCAGUACUACUUUCGCUACCCUCACGUCACCAAGCUGGACGAGGUGGCUGCCACCCACAUGACCUUCCCAGCCAUCACCUUCUGCAACCUCAACGAGUUUCGCUUCAGCCGAGUGACCAAGAAUGAUUUGUACCACGCUGGGGAGCUCCUCGCCCUGCUCAAUAGCAGGUACGAGAUUCCGGACACCCAAAUGGCUGAUGAGAAACAGCUGGAGAUCCUGCAGGAGAAGGCAAAUUUCCGCAACUUCAAGCCCAAACCUUUUAACAUGCGGGAGUUCUCGGACCGAGCUGGCCAUGAUAUCCAGGAAAUGCUGCUCUCCUGCUUGUUCCGUGGGGAGCCAUGUGGUCCCUCUGACUUUAAAGUG